AUGUUUAAGAAGAUCAAACGUGUUGCGCAACCAGAAGACGACCUCGUGGCUGGUACCACAGCUCUGUCUUUGCACCCUGAUACAGUGCCACCCUCCGGCAAAGAGUGUGCACCACGUCUACAUACGCGUUCGAACACCGAGCCAACCUCAGGGGCAAGGUCCUUUAUCUUUCACGCGCCCGAUGUCCUCUCGGAAACGUCUUCCCAGACUCGACCUACGCUUCUAGAUCCAUCGCCUAUCGAUACCAAUGCAGGCAUGGAACUUCACACUGCCUCGACUCAGGCAUCACCCGGCCAGCCCAACCCGCUUACAGACCCGCCACCCUACUCGCCUACACCAUCAAUUAGCUCGUCUGGCGCACCUGGGAAACCUAACAAAGUCCCUAAACGUCUGCAGUCUCUCCAAUCCUCAGUCGAAGACGGCCGCGCCACCAGCUUCGCCAAAGCCGCCUACUCAGGUGGCAAAGAAGCGCAGAAAACGUUCGUGAAAAACGAGAUGAGGACGCAUGCGAUGAAGACAGGGAAUACGCCGUUGAUAGCCGCCGGUGUGGCGGUUGCGUUCUACAAAGGAGGGAAGGAGGCGAAAAAGGCGUUCAACAGGGCGGAGGUGGAGAGGCUGGAGAGGCUGAUUAGGGAGGGGAAGGCUUUUGUGGAUGAAGAUGGGAAUGUGAUGUUUGUAGGGAAGGAGAAAGGUGGUGUGUGCGAGGGAGCUGGGAUAGGAGUAGAAAGCUGGGAGGAUGCAGUGAGUGAAAAUCAGGUCGAAGAGCAGAUUGAGGAGCAAAUCGAAGAGCAGGUCGAAGAGCCAAACAAAGAGAGCCUGUGGAAGAAAGCCAGAGCAAAGGCGAAACCUGCCGACGGAUGA